AUGCUUAAUUGCCAGCAAGAGCCUAAUGAGAGCAUCGGCAGAGCCGUCCUGGCGGCUAUCCAAAAUGUUUCAACAACGACAACAACCGCCUCCGGGCCACCACAUGCCACCACAUCGGUUCCCACCACUUACAAUUACACACCGGGGCCAGCCACACCCACCACCUCCACUGGGACAUCAUACCGCUCGGGCUCUAGCACCAGCGUUACCACACCUUUACCAGCAACAGACUUCGCUCCAGUGACCUGUCUGUCAAAUGACUACCAAGGAAGACAUCAGAUUUCCAAAGAGGAGCUUGAACAUGUUCUUUCACUGAAAACCACCUUUACAGAAGCGGCAUCUAUUCCUUCAAUCUCAAGGCCAACUUUCUACAAGUUACUGCAAGACUAUAAUAUCCCAACAUCAAAAUUUAAGAGCAUCAGUGAUCAACAGUUGGAUCUUGAAGUGUCACACAUAAAAACUGAACACCCAAAUGUUGGAGAAGUGAUGCUUAUGGGGCAUCUCCGCUCCAAAAACAUUGUGGUUCAAAGACAACGUGUAAGAGAUUCUCUGCGAAGAAUGGACCCAAUUGGUGUCCUAGCCAGGAGAAGAACAGCAAUAGCUCGGCGAGUAUACUCUGUCCCCCAUCCAAAUUUCAUAUGGCAUGUAGAUGGAAAUCAUAAGUUGAUUAGGUGGAAAUUAGUUGUUCAUGGUGCCAUAGACGGCUACAGUAGGAUGUUGAUGUUUCUUCACUGCUCCAACAAUAAUCGUGCUGAAACUGUUAAAGACCUCUUUACUGCAGCUGUUGGACAGUUUGGCAGACCACUGCACAUCAGGACUGAUCACGGAGGAGAAAACGUUCAGAUUUGGGAGGACAUGCAUGCGAGCAGGGGGGAAGGCUCUGUGUUAACAGGAAGGUCUGUACACAACCAGAGGAAAGAGGGUUUAAUCGAGACUUGAACAAAAACUGCAGCCAUGUUUAUGCACCCAUUUUUUAUGAACUGGAAUCCCUGGGUAUCCUAGACAUUGACAAUGCAACAGACCUAUUUUGUCUCCAUUAUGUCUUUCUACCCCGAAUCAACCGCACUUUGGAGGAAUUCAAAGCUGGAUUUAACAAUCACUCUAUAUCAUCUGAAGGAAAUAGAACACCAGUUCAGCUUUUUACUCUGGACAAUGAUUUGCCUCAUUUUCACAACCCAGAACGCUCAACAGCAGGGGUAGUUUUUUGUUCCUCACACAACUAUCAAAGAGGAUUUUCCCCAUUGAAUGAUAGGGAUUUGCAAGAACUGAAUGCUGCCAUUAACCCUCUUCAAAAUGACAACAACAAUGGCAAAACAUUGUUUCAGAGAACACAACAGUUUAUUUUUGAUAAACUCGUAAAUGUGUGACUUCAGCAUAACAUGGACAACUGGGUAACACUAGCCUUUUUGUACUUUCAAAAGUACACAACACAAAUAUUGAUGUUUUGUUGUGCUUCUUGAACUACAAGAUUUAAAACCUCUUGCCAGCAUAUAGAUGUUUGAAAAAAGACAGUAUUGAUACAUAACUGAUUUCCACUACAUUGUUCUUGUUUUUUUAAAGUACCUAAAUAUGCAAAGUAAAAGUACUCAAUGAAGUAAAACAAUACCUGUCAGUGUUUUAUAAUAUCUUAUAUAUUACAUACAUAACUAGUGUAUUAUUAUGAUGUAUCUCUGAGAAGAUGGCUGUUCAUAAGGUAAGAUUUUUCUUUUAUCCAAAACGUUUUGUAAAGUGAUUGUUUGAGGAGUGUGAAUUUUUUCAACAUAUGAACAAAUACAUUCUUCAGUUUAUCACAAAACAUUCAACAGCAAUAAAUCUAAAUAUGCCAGGCUUUCGAUGGUGAGGAGGGGAAUUAAAAAUUGUAAUCUGAAAAGUACUUCAAAUUUCUAUGGAAUUAUUUUAAAUAAAUGUACAUAGUUUAUUCCUUCACUGCUGUUUCAUUAAAAAAACUGUUAAUUAAAUUCAUCAACAAUCAUUGUUAAAAAAAAAACCACACACAUAACAAGGUUAAAGAAACUACAUUUGAAAUUUAUUAUUACUGCGACGAUUGAUUCCAUAUCUUUCCAAUCAUACAGUUCAAAAUCUUACAGUAUAAAGAAGGGUCAGAUAGUCCUCACAGAGGUAAAAAAAAAAUUUGUAAGAAAACAGGGCGAAGUGUGGAG